AUGUAUCUGCUUACACUCAUUCUUGCAACUAAGCUGUUUGGCUGCGUGGGUGCAAUUGAUCUGGAAGCCCUUCGCACCCAAACCUCUACAGAACUGAAAAAGAUCAACUACUUGGAAACAGCCUCUGAAUUGGUCAAGACUGUUGCUCCCGGUGCUACAUUCAAAAUCGUCCCGGGCCAUUAUACCGGUAGUAACGGAAUCAGCCAUGUAUACUUCAAGCAAACAUUUCAUGACGUUGAGAUUGACAACGCACUAUUCAAUGUAAACAUUGACAAAAACGGUCAAGUUUUCUCGUUCGGAAACUCAUUUUUCAAUGGCAGCUUUCCGGAAUCAAGCCCAGAAGCCAUAAAAGCUCUUAGCCUCCCUCCCAUGGAAGCUCUCGAGGUCAUUCAAAGAACCCUGGAUCUACCUGUUGACAUUACUUCAAACACAAAGGUAGAGCCAACUGAUGAAUCUCGUCAGUCUUAUAUUUUUCGCAACGUGAGAGGUCUGAGAAGAGAUCCAACGCCUAGGCCGGUAUAUAUUGUCAAACCGAACGGUCAACUCGCCCUGACAUGGAAAGUCGGCACGGAUGCAGAAGACAUGUCGUACUCGUCAUAUGUGGAUGCCGAAAACAAACCAGCAACAGUCAUAGCAGUUCUCGACCAUGUCGAUCGCUGGAUCUAUGAAGUCUAUCCAUUUGGUGUUGGCAGUCCCGCCGACGAAGUUAGAACAGAGAUCGAGGAUCCGCAAGACUCUAAAGCCUCUCCUUUUGGCUGGCAUAACCCUCUCAAUGCUACCACCAACACCUAUGAUACUACUGGAAACAAUGUCGUGGUGGGGGGGGCAUCCUACCUUGCUUGGAGGCCAGCAUCCGGCCACAAGUCUUAA